AAGCGAGAGCAACGCGAGUGCAACCAAACGAUCCUUAAGCCACAUAUCCUUCAAACGUGAAACGAGAAAAACGUGAUUAGAAAUGCGUGCCGUAGGCCUCCUACUGUUAUCCUUGUGUGUGUGCGCUGCCAUUUGGCCAGCAAAUGCACUCGAGUGCUACGAAUGCAUUGGAUCGGAUUGCGCUGAUCUGGAUAACGUUCCGGUAGUUAGUUGCAAUUUGGAUGAUAUUCCCGAACCAACAACAACAACGCAAGGUUCCACGGAUACCUCAACGUCAGAGUCUUCGCCCUCGAGCUCCGAAAGCACAACGGAUAACUCGUCUUCAAGCGACACAACGGAGAACCCUUCUUCCAGCGACACAACGGAGAAACCUUCUUCCAGCGACACAACGGAGAGUUCGUCUUCAAGCGACACAACGGAGAGCCCGUCUUCAAGUGACACAACGGAGAGUCCGUCUUCAAGCGACACAACGGAGAGUCCGUCUUCAAGCGACACAACAGACAGCCCGCCUUCAAGCGACACAACGAAGCCAAGCGAGUCGACGGAAAUCACUUCAGAGUCCACAGAAAACUCGACGCCAAUCACGGAUACAGAAUCAUCCCCAUCCUCAGAUACCACUGACUCCACCGUAUUCUCAACAACAGAGACUGCGGCGUCAUCUACAAUUACAGCUGAAACCAGUGACUCCUCUACAACGGCCGACACAUCAGAAUCCACUGGUUCAUCGGAUAAAACAGAAUCGACGGAUGCAACCACAAAUCCCGAAUCCACAGAUCCAGAGACGACGAGUGCGCCAAAAGUAGAUGAAGUGGCUUUGGCUGCGGGCGCACGCUCCGGUCGUGCACGUCGCUCAUUGGCCGCCCGGGCAGCCGAUCAACUGAUUCGCAACUAUCGCUCCCUUGAGCCAUGCGGUCGAGCCGUCCAAUAUCGUACGUCCGCCUGCUACAGCAUCAUAAAAGAAGGCGUUAUUGAACGCGGCUGCGUGCGCAUACCAGAGGGCCUGUCUGCCUGCCAGGCGGUGCGUCAGCAGGUCGACUUGCCGGAGAAUUCAGUUGGAGAUAUGUGCGAUGUUUGCCAGACGGAUCAUUGCAAUGGCAGCGCCAGUCUGCGAAUGUCCUUGGCAGCGCUGCUGCUGCUGCUGGGCAUAGGGCUGAAGAGCCUCUUCUAGGGCUUAUGUUAAUUA